AUGACGGAGUCGGGAGAAAAGGGUGUGAGGAUUGUAUGGGUGUACCACAUUACUUGGCUAGUGAACUCAGCUUGUCAUGUAUGGGGAAAACAGGCAUGGAACACGGGUGACUUAUCCAGGAACAAUUGGUGGGUGGCAUUGCUUGCAUUUGGAGAGGGUUGGCAUAACAAUCAUCAUGCCUUUGAAUACUCUGCUUGUCACGGACUAGAAUGGUGGCAGAUCGAUAUGACAUGGUAUAUGGUGAGGUUUCUUCAAGCGAUUGGAUUGGCCGAUGAUGUCAAGGUUCCAACCGAGACUCACCAACAACGAAUGGCUUUUAACAACUAGAAAUUUAUUGCCAUUUUCUGAUGUCAGGUUUCCAUCUGAGUAUGCCAUUUACCUAAACAUCUUGGGUUAGGCCAAGAGAACUGACUCUGUUUUUGUUUGCUGAUAAAGCUGAAUUGAUCUUGUUAUUGAUACACAACUACCCAAGUGAUGCAAAAAUUACAUUUUCUGAAAUAUGACAACUUUUCAUCAUGGAGUUCUUCUUUUCCUCAUACAAUAAGACAGAUCAAAC